AUGGCACCAAACCAAAGCCAAGAACGCAAGGCAGCCGCAGCUGCAAUAUUCUUGUUGUUGUUCCUUGCGAUACGUAAAAGCAUAACUGCACUCACAAUGCUCCAUGGGUCAUCAUCCUCAUUAUCAUCGCUUGCAUUCUCCGUUGCCCAUGAACAUCAUCCAAACGAACGGAUAAAAAACGCUGAUGAUAUGAGAAUUUGGGAGAUCAUAUGGAGAGAUGCCACAAUCCCAUCCAUAAAGACGACCGAUGUGCCCAUGAAAGAGCGAGAGAGAACAUGGAAGCAACUCUCAGAUCAGACACCAAUCGUAUCCAUGAAACAUGUACAGGAUUUGUUUGCCGCAUUCCCCAUCCCGAGAGACGCCAUACAACACUACAAUCAAGACGCCUUCCACGGUUUGAUAUCGAGCUUGAUCCAGGCGCAAAGAGAUGGAAGGAACUUUACGAUUGUGGCAAAUGGUGGUUCCGCAACGGCUGGAGGCGGGAAUCCGUCGACGCCAGAAGAACAUCGAUACUACCCCAGUUUUUCUAGAUACUUGAACGCAUUAUUAGUACCAGCACACUUUGUCAAGGAUGGAGGCAAACCCCCAACUGUGCAAUGGGUAAAUCAGGGACAUGGAUUUCGAACAUCGCUGCACACAGCAAUAUUCUUUGACAGUUUUAUUCCUUCCGAUACCGAUUUACUGAUAUGGGAGUUCUCCAUCAAUGACCCAAGCAUUGGAUUGAGGGACCAAGACUUGAUUUUGAGGAGUGCCCGAGAUAGUCUACUGUCGUGGCUGUAUCAGGUAAAGAGGAUGAAGAAUCCACCCAAGGUGAUAUUGAUAUAUAAGUGGGACCCUCCAUUUCACCGAGACAACGCAACGCAAAAGAUUGUCAGUCGAGCCUUUGAUGCCCAUGGAACCAUGGCGAGACAAUUUCCUUUUGUUAUCGGGCACAUCCACCUGGCCGAUUACAUCGGUGAACUCCAAAUUCCGAACUGCGAGAAAUGGAAUCAGUGUCCCAUUCUCAGUGAUCACUGCCAUAUCAGCAAGAUAGGACACAUGGCGACCGCGUUUUUGCUGCUGAACUUUCUGAAUCCAAACAAAGCUUCCGAAUUUCUUUCUCCUACAGCGGAUGUUACCAUUGAUGAUGCCAACUACGAGUGGAGUUGUGGUGUAGAGACGGAAGCGAAACGGAUUUUGAAGGAGGUCACGACUACUCCAUCGAAAGAGUGGAGACCCCCAAUUGGCACAUGGACUGCGGAUUUACCUUUGCAUACACACGGCCGCCUGGUAGAAGGUCCGAGGAUGGGAAAUCCCCACCUCAUUGGUGCAGAGGACCCUAUGAGAAUCGACAGACAACAAGCAAUCUCUAUCUAUAUGUGUGAUAAUGACAAUGAAAAGGGUUCCUUUUCAGUAGUGGUGACACCACCACUCGAACCACUGAGAAAUGCUCGAGUCGUUUUGUUUACUUUUAGGAACCAAGACUUGAUGGACAGUGAUAGCUUUCAGGUACGUCUAAAUGGUUCCACUGAGAAGGCGAAGGGGGAGCUGGUCCCAGUGCGGGUCAAGAGGAAUCUCGAUAUUCAAGAAGAGUGGCGCUGCCAUUUUUCGUGUCCCUGGAGCUAUUCGGCUGACGUUUAUGUGUACGUCUUUCAUGAACCACAAGCAACUGUCCAUUCCAUGGAACUGUGUACUCCUACCAUUCCCAUCCCAAAACCAAAGGUGCAAUCGGUAGUAUUCUGGUGA